ACUACACGCAGCCUCAGACAAAACCUCCACCAAGUAGUAUAGGUGCAGCUGAGCGAACGAAAACAGAGCCUUCCUUUCAAAGGCUCCAAUCGCCCCCAAAAGUCUUGCUCUACAGAUUUGGUUUACAUUUCAAUUUGUUAACACAUUCAUUAUCAAUAUUAGAUCAUCUCCUUCUCAGGUUUAGACAAUCAAGAUCCUCUCCUUCUUCUUUGGGUUCUUUGAUUUUUAUAUUUUGAUUUUGCGCCAGUGGUCGUUUUAAUGGCCGCCGCUGCCGUGGAUCCUUCGUCGCUGCAAUUCACGCCGACUUGGGCCGUUGCUGCCGUCUGCUUCAUCUUCAUCUCUCUCUCUCUGUUCCUUGAGCAUUUGAUUCAUCUCCUCUCCAAUUGGCUGAAACGGAAGAGGAAAACGGCAUUGUUCGAUGCGGUUGAGAAGCUAAAAUCAGUUCUGAUGCUGCUAGGGUUCAUGUCGCUAACACUGACGGUAACGCAACAGCCGGUAUCGAAGAUUUGUAUUCCGAAUAGCUUAGCGUAUACGAUGCUUCCAUGCCAGAGAGAAAUACAGAUCAAAGCAGAUAAGAAUUUGGAGAUGGAACAAUCGCGAUCAGCCUCCUCUGCAAAUCGGUCGUUUUCAUGGAUGAUGGAAAAAUUCGUGAGCCUCGCGGCGGAAAGUGACGAUAGUGGUGGUGGUGAUGAUUCUUCUUCUCCAUCAUCUUCUUCAUCAUCUUCUUCAUCUUCGGAUUACUGUACUGCGAAGGGGAAGACCUCGCUGAUAUCGCAAGCAGGAAUGAAUCAACUGAACAACUUCAUAUUCGUGCUGGCUGUUAUGCAGAUUGUUUACAGUGUCCUCACCAUGGCUUUGGGAAAGGCCAAGAUGAGGCGUUGGAAAGCUUGGGAGGAAGAAACUCAUACCUUGGAUUAUCAAGUGGCCAAUGAUCCAAAUCGUUUUAGAUUCACAAGGCAAACAACGUUUGGACGACGACAUAUUAGUUCUUGUGCAUCACCACCGUUACUUCUUUGGACGAAAUGUUUCUUUAGACAAUUCUUUCGUUCUAUUGCCAAAGUUGACUACUUAACCCUUCGUCAUGGUUUCGUAUGGACUCACAUACGUGGAAACACUUCUUUUAACUUCCAAAAGUACAUUGAAAGAUCGUUGCAUGAUGACUUCAAAGUCGUCGUUGGCAUGAGUCCUUUCAUGUGGCUCAUAGUAGUUAUCUUCAUUCUCGUAGAUGUGCAUGGUUGGAAUGCAUAUCUGUGGGUGUCUUUUCUUCCGCUAAUUAUAGUACUAGCUCUUGGAACAAAGCUUGAAGUAAUCGUAGCACGGCUUGCGCUUGAGCUUAAACACAAGACGGAUGUGAUCAAAGGAGCCCCAAUGGUUGAACCAAGUGAUGAUCUCUUCUGGUUCAAUCACCCCAAAUUUGUUCUUACCCUCCUUCAUUUCACCUUGUUUAUGAAUGCAUUCGAGCUUUCUUUUAUCAUUUGGGUCACGCUACAAUAUGGGAUUAAAUCUUGCUACCAUGAAAAGUUGGUGGUCAUCAUUAUAAGAAUAGUCUUGGCGGUUACCGUCCAAGUAUUGUGCAGCUACAGUACUCUACCUCUCUAUGCUCUUGUGACACAGAUGGGGUCACAGUUCAAAGCUGCAGCAUUAGAAGAACAUACCGCCAAAGCCAUAAAGAAAUGGCACCAAGAUGUGAAGCAAAAGAGAAAACAGAGUAACCAUCACCAGUACUCCAACGACCUAGACCUAAGCCAACACCAAGAGGGAUUGUCUCCCUUGGUUGCUGGGCACUUGUCGUCGAUGGUUUCCGAGAGCAGCAACAAAACCCAAAGCUCCCAAGAGAUGACCCCUUUCCAUCACCGAGCUCCCACUUUUUCUGAGCUCAGUUAUCUUGACAUUGAAUCCAAUGAGAUUGUUGAAGAAGUCACAGAAGAAACUGCAGUCAUAAAAGUAAGAGAGAUUAGUGAAGUUCACGAAGGCGAUACUGAAUCCCAUAUCACAUAAAUUUUGGUUUGAGCUAAAAGAUAGACGUUUGUGUGG